AUGGAUUCCUAUGAGUUUCCCAGUGUUUGUUCGUCUUUUUGUUCGUGUGUUUGUUUUUUGUUUGUUCUUCUGUCUCAUGUCGAUUAUCUCAUUGAACUCUGUGACAACGUGGCAGAGGUGUACAAGGGCUCUAUUUUCGCGGUGGGUUCCCACGAAAACCAGAACGAGCCACCUGCACUGCCACCUUGUGCCGGAGAUGGGAUCUCGCAGCUUGAAAAAUUGCCGGUCGUCUUGAAUGUACUGCACUGGUUUUCUGCAUGGUGGGAUUCUGCAAAGAAAAUCGAAUGUGGGUACGAGAAGCUUCGUGGUCUCCAGUUUUGGAGUGCAUCCGUGUCAUCAACCUGGUCAUCUUGA